UUAAUUGGUAUGAAUUUUAAUAAAUAAAAAAAAUAAAAAUUUUAAUCGGCGCUAACAACACAGAUAGAGCUCAAAUCAACUAGAAUUUUAAUACCUAAAAAAAGAAUUUUAAUAGGGUUGAAUUUUGCAGGUGAUUUACUUAAUUUGCUGAGUGAGACAGAGUAAAUUUAUGACUAUAUUACUUUGUUGGGUACAUAUCAAUCUCAUUUUUCAUAGAAACUGGCUUUAUAUAUAGAUUAUCUUCUAUAGAUUAGUCUUUCACAUUUAAUUAAAUCUCAUUUAUGACUUUGAUUCUCAGUUCAUUCGCCUCUGAUUUUAUAGGUGCUUUGCUCGUGUAGCAUAUAUAUAUAUAUAUAUAUAUAUAGCAUCUCUAUAUUCCUCUGCAGGGAACCAAGCAGGCAAUCCAAUCACUCGCAUCAACUUGUUCUUCAAAAACAUACGACGAAAGUCAUGGACGAGAAGUCUGUCCAUCCUUUCCCUGACGAUGAUGGUGCAGCUGAAAUUUCAAAGACACUAAGAGACGUUCCUCCAAGUGAUUACCUAUUUGAAAUCAAAUCGUUCUCAUUGCUUUCCAAGGCCGAAGAGAAAAGAUUUGAAUCGAGGGACUUUGAAUCAUGUGGUUACAAAUGGAAAUUAUGUCUAUACCCUAAUGGAGAUGAGAAACGAAAUGGGAAAGAUCACAUCUCUCUCUACUUAGCAAUAUCAGCGACAGAUACGUUACCUCUUAAUUGGGAGGUUAAUGUCAAAUUCGACUUUUUGGUGUACGAUCGUAACCUAGACAAGUACCGGACCAUCCAAAAUGCUGAUGGGAGAGUAAGACGUUUCCACAGGUUUAAGACUGAGUUUGGUUUCGCCAAAUUACUUUCCCUCGACACUUUCAAAGAUGCUUCUAAAGGAUACCUCAUUGAUGACUCCUGUAUGUUUGGAGUCGAGGUUUAUGUCAUUAAACCUACUGGCAGAGGAGAGUGUCUUUCUUUGAAGGAGGAAACUUAUGACAAUAGUUACUCUUGGGAGAUCAAAAAAAUUGCAGAAAUAAAAGAGGAGCGUUUGUUCUCUGAACCUUUCACCAUUGGAGAGCACAAAUGGAAGAUACUUGUUUAUCCCAAAGGAAGUGGCAGUAAAAAGGGAAAAAGCUUAUCUGUCUUUCUAUGGUUAGAUAAUUGCGAAUCCCUUCCAACCAAGCGAAAAUUGUAUGUGGAAUUUAGCCUCUUGGUAAAAGACCAAGUCAAUGGCAAACACUGCGAAAAGAAAGGUAAUUAUUGGUUGUGUGACCAAAACAACUGCUGCGGUUAUGAUCUAAUUUCUCUUCAUGAUUUGUAUGAUGAAUCGAAGGGCUUCAUAGUACGAGAGAAUCUGGUUGUUGAAGUGCAAAUUCACGUGAUUUCUGAUGUGAAAGAGUUCUCCUCGAAAAUGUCUGAUGCAUAGGUCAUGCUCUGAAAGCCAAUGUUGUUCCAUUUUUUGUUGAGUAACUUGCUAGUAACCAUUUUCAAGUGAUUGGAACCUCAUUUGCUAGAUACUCUAUUUAAGUUUUGCAUUUGGUAUUUGAAUGAUAUGGUUGGGCAAAAAUUUAUUAUGUUUUACUUUUUUAAUGUAAAUGUAAUUAAUAAUUCUAGAACAGAGAAAAAGCCACUCAUUGAAGGAAA